AUGGCGUCCGACGAUCCCCCCGACGCCCUCACCGCGCUCCUCGGCCGCGCGGGCGCGCUCCUCGACGCGUCGCCGACCGGCGACGCGCUCACGAAGCUCGCCGACGCGAAUCCAGAGGCGUCGACGCUCAGCGACGCGCUGCUCGUCAGCCGCGACCGCGAGACGGCGCUUCGCGCGGAGCUCAGCGCGCUCAAGGCGGCGCAGAAGAAGAAGGACGACGAGGCGCGGAAGCUGCGCGGCGAGCUCGCGAGGGCGACGGGGAAGCCCGCGGUUCGCACGCGCGAUGUCGUGGACCCGGAGCAUGGGCGGCGAGACAUCGCGGCGGAGCUGAGAGCGCUCGCGAGCGGGCGGUCCGUCGCGCUCCCAGCCUCGGGCGUGAUCGCGGACGGCGCGCAGACGCAGCGCGAGAAGGAAGCGAGAGCGCGCGCGCGGAAGAAACGCGUGGAGCAGCUCACGAUCCCGACGCGCGGCGCGAAUGCGCACGCGUCGUCCGUGCUCGCCGUGCGCGAGAAGGAAGCCAAGCGGUUGCGCGAGGCGCGCGCGAAGCACUUCGAACGCGUCAAGCCCGCGAAGCUCGCGUCGUCGAUGGGCGCGACGCUUCCCGCGCGCGUGGACGCGCAGCCGUCGGCGCGCGCGAUACGCGCGAAGGAGCGCCCGCGGAGGCGAGAGGACGUCGACGGAGCCGCGGGCGUCGCGCGGCCGCUGCGGCCGUGGCGAUGCAAUCCCAGCGUCGACUACGACGUGAACGAUCCGCUCUCGGAGCAGUUCCGCGACUUUCAGCGCGCCAUGUGGGCCAAGUCGUUCGCGACCGGUGAACCUGGUAACGGCCAAGGCGAUGGCGUUACGAAGAACGUUAAGAAGAAGAAACAACCCUGGAGCGACGUGGACCGCGCGAAGUACCCGUCGUUCAAGUCGUGGUUGCGUUCGCACCCCGACAACUUCAACGCGAGGUGA